AUGAUCCCCAGCCUCUUGAGCAAUGGCAGCGCCAACAGCAACCUCUACGUUGCUGGCCUUCCUCCAAGCACCAGCGAGGAGAUUCUCCGACAACUCUUCAAGGAGUUCGGAGAAGACAUGGAUGAAGCGAGGAUGAAGGACAUGUUUCAGAAAUUCGGCAACGUGGUUUCCGUGAAAUUGGCCCGAGAGGCCCGAAUAUACAAGCAGUAUGGCUUUGUGCACUACACGGUGCCGGAGGAAGCUGAAGCUGCGAUCAAUGGUGUGAAUAAUCGGAUCAUUGACCGAUAUUACCAGCUCACCGUGAAAUAUGCCAACAGCUCAGAGAAGGCACAAGCUGCUUACAGAGCUGCUUCGCUGAAGAAUAUUGAAGGACCCAUGGGAGGAUCCAUGGGAGCCUCGACGGGAGCCUCGACGGGAGCCUCGACGGGAGCCUCGACGGGAGCAUCUGGUGCUUGGGCUGAGGAGGUGGCACCUUCUACAGUCCACAUCAGCGGCUUGCCCCCAGGCACUUCGGCUGAUCAACUGCAAUCCUUCUUUGGCGCAUAUGGUCAGGUCAUGGCUAAAGUCUUGGACGAUGGAAGCCAAGGCUCUCCAGCCUCUGCCUUGCUGCGAUUGCCACCAGCAGAGGCUGAGCGUUUAGUGGCCGACUUUGAUGGACAUGUCCUGCAAGGUUUGGAGCGUCCACUCUCUGUACGCCUGGUUCCGCCCGAGCGGCCGGUAGAGAAGGAGACCUCCUCCAAUCGAUAUGAGCCCUACGGCAAGGGAGGCUCAUCUGGAUCGCCACCGCUCUCGCAGAUGCUACAAGCUGCCGAGUCUGCGUGGCCUGCCCCUCCCAAAGCAACAGGGCCCCCAGGGCCCAGCCCGGCCAGCUCCGAGUUCAUGCUCGCGAUCAGUGAGACGGUGUCUCGAGUGAAAGGCUUCAGACCGGUGGCUCCUCAAACGAUGGACCCCACGAAUCUGUACAUCAAGGGGCUGCCAUCCAAUGCCGACGAGCUUUAUCUUUACUCCAUUUUCUCACCCUUUGGAGCCAUUCAGAGCGUACGGCUUCUCAAAGAUUCCACGACGAAUGUGUGCACCGGAGCGGCCUUGCUGAAGUUUGGCCAGACCGAAGAUGCCGACCUGGCCAUCCGGACGCUCUCAGGAAACAAACUUCCUGACGGAGUGGUGUUUGACGUGACCGUCAAGACGGUGAGACCGAAUAUGGGCUAA